AUGUCUUUUGUCUUGACAAAGCUAUCAUCAACUAUCAAGAAAGAUCAAGUCACCAGAUUUAACAUUCACAGACCAACAAUUUGGGAGUGUACCCUGAGAAAGUUAAAGAGGGAAGACUUUGACCCAAAUAAUGAACUACUUAUUAAAUUCUCAGAUGACUUUGGUUCCACUGAAGUUGGAAUUGACCAAGGAGGCCCUAAAAGGGAAUAUUUAAGUCUUAUUCUGGAAUACAUCAUGAAUUCCAAACUAUUUGAAGGACCAGACAAUAGUAAGACACUCUCUUGGCUCAAAUCAGCAAAUGACAAAGAUGAAUACUUCUAUGCUGGGUUAAUGAUAGCAGUUUGUUUAGUUCAUGGGGGACCGGCACCACACUGUUUUGCCCCAUGUCUCGUAGAGGCCUUGGAGAAAGGACCCAUGCACACAAAGGUUUUUUUGAAGGAUAUGCCGGAUCCUGAGUUAAAGACACAAUUGGAAAAGGUUAUUGCCUUUUAUAGACCAAGGUUUUAUUGGGAGGGGGGCAAAAGAAGUAAAGCAACACUGGCAAAUGUUUUUCCAUGA